CCUUCGUACCGACGUCUGCGAUUCCUCGUACUACACACUGACUGCCCACUCCACUGACGACCAAGCUGCGACUCGCCAUGGACGGCAACACAAACCCCUCCUCCGCCGAGAAACCAGCCGCUCCAGCGAAUCCUCUCGGCGGCAUCACGAAGUACGCGCAGGCCCCGACGGACAGCUCAACGGUGCCAGGGUUGGCUGAAGGAGUCAAGAGACCUGCCAAUCUCGCAGCGACAGCGCCCGGAUCCUCGUUCGGUGUCCCUCCGAGUCCCACCAGUACGCCGAUUCAGAGGCCGGAGCAAUUUUCACCAGCUGUAGUAGGUCAUGCUGCAUCUUCACCCUUCUCGUCGUCGUUCGCACGGACCCUUCCUGCGCAAGUUCCUUCUCUUCCACCUCUUCUCACACAAGCACCUCUGCCUGCCUUCUCGUCCCUACUUUCUCCAUAUCCGAGGACGCUUGCUCAUCCUCUGCCCCCAUUCUCGUCUCUACCUUCUCCACAUCCGACUACGCUCGCGCAUCCACUUCCUCAACGCCUGAUGCAAGAGGCCCCUCUUCCUGGACUUCAACCGCUGUUACCGCUUCCAGCACCCACACUUGGGAGACGGAUGCGUGGAGAGCGUAGACACGACGCGAUGGGUGUGCCCCAGCGUCAUGAGGACCAGAAGAGAGCCCAAAGGGACCAAGAGGAGCAACGCCGCCAGCUGAAACUCGCAAAACGACACGCAGAGGACGCCGGCUUUCACGCUUCCAUCCCCACAAGGCGUGCAUACGUCCCACGCCGAGACCCGCAACAAGUUGCUAAGAGCAUGACCGCGCCCGCCAAUCGCGCACACAGAGCCCGAAUGAGUGCGUUCCACAAAGCCAUCAUGCGCGGAAAUGGCGGAAGUACCCGCAGUUUCGCCGGCAACGUGAUCAAGGAGCACGGUAGGGCUUCCGUCGCAACAUCCAUCACUUACGAGCAGGCUUUGCCGUCACAGAGGACCCACAAUGCCUUCUGGACCGACGGCUCCGUCCACCAACCGUCCGGCUCGACUGAAUGUUUCCUAGGCGCCGCGGUGGCGCGUCGUGGCCCAACAAGCGGAACCUUCGUCGUGACCGACUGCCCGCUGGGCUGCAACGUGGGCAGCUCAGGCGACGCCGAGGCCUAUGCAAUCGCCACCGCGCUGGGUUUGGCCGUCGCCGACGCAAAUGCGGGAAAUAUGGCGCCCGUCGUCAUCUUCAGCGACUCCCUGGCCUGCCUCCAAGGCCUUGAAAGCGGAAAAGCGAGCGAUCUAGGCCCCUUGAUAUCGACGCGGUGGGCCUUCGAGGACAUCUACGACUAUGCCGACCAGCUGGACGCAAUGGGCGUCCCCCUCACGCUUCGCUGGGUUAAUUCCCAUUCAGGAUCAAAAGGGAACGAUGCGGCAGACCUCGGGGCAAACCGUGCGGCUAGAAUGGCAGCAGCAGCACUAAAAGCGGAGGUGGACCUGGUCCGCCACCUGCCGCUGGCGUUGAAAGAUGCGACGGAAGAGUGGGAGGCCGAGUACUGGUUCCGGGCAAAGAAGCUCAGCAAUGCGUUGAUCGCCAACACGCAUGCUGCCGACGAGGACUGGGACGCAAAGGUCGGUUAUGGGGGUUACGGGGGUUAUAGGGGUGAGAGGAGGGAUAGCGGCCACGCGGUGUUCAGGGGAUAUAACACCGAGGACUAUAACACCAGCGGUAAGCAUUGCGUCGCAAAUGCUAGUGUUUCUCGCAAUGCUAACAUGAACGAGAAUCCGAGGAGGGGGAGGUAUCGGACUGAGAGAGAGGAGAGCGUGGAGUCUGGUGGUAACGAGUUUAGAUUUCGUGACGAGAAUGGACGGCCUUGUGAUGAGUUUCGGCGGCACGAGUGCAUGAAAGUGGAGAGACUUAGCCCAAAAGUGGAGAGAGUUGGCUCGGAAGAGGGUGAGAUCGUGGAGUAA